CUCAACUCAUUACUACUACUACUACUUCACUUCUUCUGUAGGCUUAAUUUGGAAAAACCCUUCUCUUGUAUUCUUUCUUCAUAAGUUAAGUUGGGUUGAUCUUGGUAAGUCACGAUGACCAUCUCAAUGUUCAUGUGCAGAUUAAGACAACCCAUGAUAAACAUUCCCUGCAGUGGGAAAAAACUGAACUUCAGACAAAUUGAGAAAGAGAAAGUAGUGGUUGUAAUGGGAGCCACAGGUGCAGGGAAAUCAAGGCUGUCCAUUGACAUAGCCUCAUGUUUUCCAUCAGAAAUCAUAAACUCAGACAAAAUUCAAGUGUACCAAGGUCUCGACAUAGUCACAAACAAAAUCCCAAAGGAAGACCAACGUGGGGUGCACCACCACUUACUGGGAACAAUAAACCCCGACAUAGACUUCACACCCACUGAUUUCAUUGACACGUCAUCAUCGGCCAUCGACACCAUCACCACAGCCCAGAAGCUUCCAAUCAUCGUUGGCGGCUCCAACUCCUAUCUCGAGGCCUUGAUCGACGACGACGAUUACAAGUUCCGGUCGCGCUACGAUUUUCUCUGCAUCUGGGUUGACGUGGCAAUGCCCGUGCUUCAAUCCUACGUGGCGGAACGGGUUGACGACAUGUUCCGUAAGGGAAUGGUGGAGGAGCUGCGACCCUUUUAUAGUCCCGACGGGGAUUACUCGAGAGGGAUUAGAAGAGCCAUUGGGGUUCCUGAAUUUGACGAGUAUUUUCGGAGGGAGGAGUUUGUGGACGAGGAAACGAAGCAGAGGUUGUCGGAAGAUGCGAUCAGGGAAAUAAAAUUGAACACGUGGAAACUUGCCAUGAAACAGUUGGGGAAGAUUCACAGGCUGAGGAACGUUAAGAGAUGGGAGAUUCAUCGCUUGGACGCCACGCCCGUGUUUCGAAGGCGUGGGGAAGAAGCAAACGAGGCCUGGAAGAAGUUGGUGGCCGAACCGACUGCUAUGGUCGUUGCGCGCUUUCUCUAUAACUCCAAAAACAAUGCCAACGUUGUUUCUGGACUUACACUGUUGCCACCUUCGGAGAAUGUUAUGGCUGCGGCAACGUGCUAGCUUUCUAGCCGUGGUUUUGUUGUUUUCUUCAGUUUGGAGAAAAGCACUUGUAGUGACUUUGCGUAUAAACAGUUUUAUGAAACUAAAUUCUCUUCUACUAAUUCACAUACAAACUAAUCAUUUUUUUUCCUUUACUUUAUGGGACUCUGUAAAUGUUGAUUAAUAUAUUUUGAAGAGCGAAGGAUACCA